GUUAAUACGGGGCCCUGUGCUCAUUUCGUACGUCUGACGUGAUUGUCCAUGAAAGUAAAACUAUGAAGGAAGUUAUGAAGCCUUAAAGCUGCAGCACCUUGCGCUCACAAUCACACACUAUUCCUCCAGGUAUGGUUGGGGGUGGGGUAGGGGGGUAGGAGGGAGGGGUCUUUGCUCCGGGUCGAGCCUGACAAUUCCGCUCCAUUGGUUGACAGCAGGUGGACUCUUACCUGUACCUUUCCGAAGGAGUGCCAGUCGUCAUCGUCGGACUCCAAAUCAGACUCGACUUUUCCUUCUUCCAGUAGUCCGGAGAAGUAGAAGUCAGCCAGGACGGCUUGAAGCUGAACGAACGUCUGCACCAGGACUCCGAGCAUGGAGCCUAUAACGUCGUGGAGCGAAGAGAGAGUCUGCGAAUGGCUCCAAGGUCUGGAUGCCCCUUUGCAGCAUUACCCGGUCUCUGAGUGGCAUUUGUCGGGUUUGGACCUCCUCCAGUUGAACUCUGAGAAUCUGGAAAAGUUGGGAGUCCAUAAGAUCGGGCAUCAGGAGCUGAUACUAGAGGCCGUUGAGAAACUCUGCUCUCUGACGUAUGGUAUAGGUGGGGAGAACCUACAAAGUUUGACAGAGAAACUGCGUGCCCUUGCCCACACCCUCCAGAUGGGCAUCCAGGGCCGCUGGCGCCUCAACAGCUACAAUGGACGGAGUACCACCAAGCUGCCUGCUAAUGUCCUACAGAUUGUAGUGGAACUCAUUACGUCAGCCAAAGGACUCUUCUCUUUGCUCAACAGGUAUCAGUUUUCCCAGCUCAGUGGGCACACCACCAGCAAGAACAUAUUCAACUUCUGCAGAGAACUGGGAGGAAUUGUGCACAAGGAUAUCACAGUCUAUGAAAAGGAAAAGGACAUCAUCUCCGUGUGCCGUCAGUUGGUGGCUGUGUGUGAUGAGAUCCUGAGCUCCAGCCCCGAAGCAUUUCUUACCCACACUGCUCAGCUCCAGAGUGUCGACUUAGUGCCUGCGUCGCCUGGUGAUGAGCUGGGCAUUGAGAUAACGUCCACUGGCUCCAUUAACCACUACGUGACCGGAACUGCUGCUGAGCCUUCAGCUGAUGCCUAUGAAAAGAUCAUCGCUGGUGAUGAAGUGAUUAAAGUCAAUGACCAGAUAGUGGUGGGCUGGAGCCGAGCUAACCUUGUGAAGAAACUGCAGGAGAAUCCCAGUGGAGUGACUCUGCUCCUGAAGAAGAUCCCUGGGUCAGUGAGGCGCAGAGACCCAAGGCUCUCCUCUACACAGGAGGAAAAAAAGGGAGACGAGAGCUCAGAAGAGGAGGAAGUGGAGGAGGAGGAGGAGGACGACGAGGAGGAAAAUCCAAGGAACUCCAUAUUUGAGAGGGUAGCAGCUUCUGUCAGGUCUUUGUCUUUUAGGAGAGCUGUUCACGAGCCAGAAGUAAAUCAGCAGCCUAUGGGACAGGAGGAAUCAGAGUUGGCCUCUGAAAAGGAGUUAGAGGGGAGUCUGACUCUUACUCCUUAUCAAAACCAACAGGGGGGGCUGUCACCACUGUCAACUUCAGGGGACUUUGAGAGUUUUGACAGGCUUUCCCCAAGAUUACGAAGAGACCGCUCACCAUCACCCAGAAGUCCAUCCCCCUUUGGAUCAUUCAGAAGCUCUUCACCUCAGGGAGUCAACCAGGAAACAGCAAGCAUCACUUCCUGCCCUGAAAUGGUGGGACACACGUCAAAGAAGAGUUCUACAAAAGGAAUGACAACAGCUAUGAGUCGGCGUCGUGUGUCCUGCCGUGAACUCGGCCGUCCCGAUUGCGAUGGCUGGCUGUGGAAGAAGCGAAAGGAUAGUGGUGUCUUCAUUACCCAGAAGUGGCAGCGGUUCUGGUUUGUUCUCAAGGGGCCUUCCCUUUACUGGUACAUCAGCCAACAGGAUGAGAAGGCAGAGGGUCUAGUCAAUAUAGCUAGCUACAGCAUAGAGAGCGCCGGAGAACACAAAAGAAAAUACGUGUUCAAAAUGUGCCACCAGAGAUUUCAGAACUUCUUCUUCGCUGCUGACAACGUCAGUGACAUGAGCAAGUGGAUAAACUUUCUUAUUACAGCCAUACAGAAGCACAAGAAAUUCCAUACAGGUCCAGCUAGUGAAGAAGAGUGUUACAGUGAGACCGAAUCAGAGAGUGAGGGAUCUCCCUCACCUCGCAGGAAAAACAAGAAGGUGCAGUCCAACACUCUGCCUCGCCCCAAGGGGAGGACGAACAAGGUGCCAUUUUCAAGUCCUGCGACAGGGGGCAGCAAAGGAACAGGUGGCCAAGUAGAUGAGAUGGGCAUGAUGUUAAAUAACAUAAAGGAGGGGGGAGUUUCUCUGAUUGGCCAUGAGCAGCCAUUUACACAUGACCACUUCAGGAAAUCGUUCAUUCGACGCAACAAGAACCCUGUCAUCAAUGAGAAGGCACACACUCUCCGGGCCCUGCAGAGUACUCUGAAGGCCAAAGAAGCAGAACUGCAGCAGAUCAACAAGCUCCUGGAGGACUCUGAUCUGUCGGCCUCUAAGUACCGUCAGUGGAAGGAUCACAACGAGGAACUAGUUCAAGAAAUCGAGAAACAGGCCACACUCAAGGCCUCCAAAGGAGGAGACGACGCUGCGGUGCAAGAUACGCCUACCGAGGCGGUUGCCUUGGAAACAGUAGCUAAGGAAACAGCCACUGCAGAGACAAAAGGUGCAUACAGACUGAGCCUGAGUGAUGGAGAGCAGUUAGUGGACGCAGAGCUGUCUGAUGUUCUCUUAGAAAUCCCACAGGGUUCUCCAACCACAGAGACUAGUCCAGUGUUAGAACUCUCUCUGGGGUCGCUACAGGAAUCAAUAAACAAACAGCUAAGUGAAAUGGUGGAGAGUGGAGAAGCUGCAGAGAACUACUUCUACAUUUAAGGCCAUUCUGGAUGGAUCACACCUGUGCAAAGUGGCUGUUUACCAGAAUCAGUCAAACAGAAGACGAUUGUUGUGCCGAAGUGUGACAGAGGUGCAUUUCGUUUGGGCUUCAUUUGCUGACAUGCACCAGAGAGGAUUAGCUCAAAUCAAUAUUAAAUCAGCGCUUUUAAUCAAGUAUGUCAGUGAAAUGCCUCAGUGCAGGUUUUUCUCUUUCCAUAGGAAGCAGAUUUUGGUCUAGACUUGCAAACAAGUCUACAAGUUUGACAAGUUUACAACAGAGAAAAGAACAAUUUUCCAAGUGUCAAUCAGAGUUCAGUAUGUACUGUCUUAUUCUUCUAAUGAUACAUAUUUUUUGAAGAGACUUUCUUAGAAUUCUUUAAGAGUUUGUAAUAUAAAUCCUGCCUCUUGUAAUGUGAUAUGUAAAUACAGUUACUAUAAAUACUGCAGGUAUUUGUUUAUUGACAUUACCUUAAUAAAGGUAAGGUUUUGCACAUAAAAUGUAUUUCAGAGACACUGGUU